GACGACUUCCUGUGUGCUAGGUGGGGAGGAGGGGGCAAGCCCCAGGAAAGCCUGACACUGUGACUGUCCCCUCUGCUGUUUUCUCGGUUAUUCCAAUAAGCCGGGGAGGUGGACACCCACUCCCUGCUUCACAGAUGAGCAGACAGGCGGCGAGGGUCGUCAGCCGCCUGGGGUGUCCUCUGCUGGGCGUGAGUCUGGUCCACCCUGGAGCUCCACUGAGAAACCUGACUUUGAGAAGGCCUGGCACAGUCCCAUCUUUGGACAUUUCUCCCCGUUGACAAACGGAAACCGAGGCCUCUGGCAGUGUGUUGCUUUGAGAUGUGGAUGGGACCAAGCCCGGAUCUGCUCCAGCUGAACUCUUUCUCCUCGGCUCUGGCUGUGUCAGGGCCAAGAGCCUGAAGCUCACCCAGCAGGCACCCCACAUCCCUCCUAGGAGGUGGGGGACUGCAGCCCAGCGCCCCCAGCCUCAACCCCACCCCAGCAGAGAUGCUGAGGCAGUGGUCCGUGCAGUCCGGCCAGGCCCUCAUGGAGCCUGAACCUGAGCCAGGGGUCGAGCAGCUGUGGGAACAGGAGAUGGAGCGGCUGUGGUCCUCCCAGGCCCUGGUGCGGGAGCUGCCCUACGCCAUGGUGGACAAGCGCUUCGUCCGGCAGCUGCGGGAGCCCGAGGGGGUGAAGACCUCUUGCUGGCAGCGGUGGCGGCGCAGGGGGCAGACUGCGCGACGGCGCCUAGCGGAUGCAGCGCACCGGCUGGCCCAGGGCUUUGGGCUCUGGGAAGGGGCUCUCUACGAGAUCGGGGGCCUCUUUGGCACCGGCAUCCAGUCCUACUUCACCUUCCUUCGCUUCCUGCUGCUGCUCAACCUUCUGACCCUGCUUCUGACUGCCAGCUUCGUCCUGCUGCCCCUGGUCUGGCUCCGCCCCCCUGACACAGGCCCCUCCCUGAACUUAACCCUCCAGUGCCCUGGUGGCCUCCAGUCCCAGACUGGUGUUCCCAGAUUCCACAAUCAACUUUGGAAUGUUUUAACCGGCAGGGCCUUCGCCAACACCUAUCUCUUCUAUGGCGCCUACCGGGCGGGGCCCGAGAGCGGCUCAGCCUACAGCAUCCGCCUGGCCUACCUCCUGAGCCCCCUGGCCUGCCUGCUGCUCUGCUUCUGUGGGAUUCUGCGGCGGAUGGUGAAGGGGCUGCCACAGAGGCUGUUUCUGGGCCAAGACUAUAAGUCACCCGUCAGUGUCAAAGUGUUCUCCUCCUGGGACUUCUGUAUCCGGGGACAGGAAGCAGCCACCAUUAAGAAGCAUGAGAUCAGCAACGAGUUCAAGGUGGAGCUGGAGGAAAGGCGACGGUUCCUGCUGGUGCAGCAGGAGACCCGGACCCAGAGGGCCUGCCACCUGCUCACCUACCUGCGGGUCAAUGUCCUCAUCGGGCUGCUGGUGGUUGGGGCCAUCGGUGCCAUCUUCUGGGCCACCAAGUACUCACAGGACAACAAAGAGGAGUCCCUGUUCGUGCUGCUCCAGUACCUGCCUCCUGGGAUCAUCGCCCUGGUCAACUUCCUGGGGCCCCUGCUGUUUGUUUUCCUCAUCCAGCUGGAGAACUACCCUCCCAACACGGAGGUCAACCUUGCCCUCAUCUGGUGCGUUGUGCUGAAGCUGGCCAGCCUGGGAAUGUUCUCCUUCUCUCUGGGCCAGACCGUGCUCUGCAUCGGCCAAAACAAGACCAGCUGUGCGUCCUAUGGCUACAACGCCUGUGAUUACCAGUGCUGGGAGAGCGCGGUCGGGGAAGAGCUGUACAAACUGAGUGCCUUCAACUUCCUCCUCACGGUGGCCUUCGCCUUCUUUGUCAGCCUGCCUAGGAGGCUGCUGGUGGAGCGGUUCUCGGGCCGGUUCUGGGCGUGGCUGGACCGGGAGGAGUUCCUGGUGCCCAAGAACGUCCUGGACAUUGUGGCGGGGCAGACGGUCACCUGGAUGGGCCUUUUCUACUGCCCGCUGCUACCCCUGCUCCACGGCGUUUUCAUCUUCCUUACCUUCUACAUCAAGAAGUACACCCUCAUGAGGAACUCCAAGGCCUCUCCUCGGCGGUUCCGGGCCUCCAGCUCCACCUUCUUCUUCCAGCUGGUGCUCCUCCUGGGCCUGCUCCUGGCCGUCAUGCCCCUGGGCUAUGUGGUCAGCAGCGUCCACUCCUCCUGGGACUGUGGUCUCUUCGCCAACUACUCGGCCCCCUGGCAGGUGGUCCCAGAGCUGGUGGCCCUCCGGCUCCCGCCGCCUGGCCAGCGCAUCCUGCACUACCUCGGCUCCCACGCCUUCAGCUUCCCCUUCCUCAUGCUGCUCAGCCUUGUCCUGACCGUUUGCGUCUCCCAGUCCCAGGCCAAUGCGAGGGCCAUCCGGGGGUUCCGGAAGCAGCUGGUGUGGCAAGUCCAGGAGAAGUGGCACCUGGUGGAGGACCUGUCACGGCUGCUGCCCGAGCCGGGCUCCGGCGGCUCUGUGGGGCCCGAGUCCCCUCACUCCCGAGCUUCGCGCCCGCGGUCCUUCUGCCCUGGAUUCCCGUGCCCGGGCUCCCCGGGCCCCAGAACCCCCAGGCCGGGAGCUUGCCUCGAAGAUCCCGCCAGGCCAUGCGGUGCCCCGGUCCCUGCCUCUAGAUUCCGCUUCCCCAGUAGCUCGGAGCUGUAGCGCCCUUUCCUGCCUCCUCCCGGAGACUCCCCAGAGCCCUACCUACCUCCUCCCCACCAGAGUGCCCCUGCCCCAAGCUCCUGCCCCCUGGUGACUGACGCUCUCAGUGGGCCCUGCAGCAGGACAGGGAGAGCCCAGGGGCAACAGGAAGAAAAAACGGGAAGUUGUAUUCAUAUUUUUACCUCAGUCCUGUAAAGUUUCUAUUUUUGUCGAAUGUUUUCUAAUAUACUAAUAUAUUAGUAGAGUAA